UCCAUCCGGUAACGACAAUGGCUGAACCGACUCCGAAGACCAGCAGCCGGUUGCAAGAGUUAAAAGACAGAUCACAUAAGAGAAAGGAGUUAUUGGCAAAAGCGCUUGGAGUCAGCAGUCCGGAUGCAUUGAAAAUUGUUUUGAACAGCAAAGAAGACAGAAAGCAGUCAACAGCAAAGAAACCAGCAGAUGAAAAUGAUCAUGCAGAAAAGAAGCUAAGGCUAGAUGAGAAGUCAGACAAGAAUACACCAUCAGGGGCUUUGGAGAAAAAGGAGGCAGAGUUUGAAACAGAUGAAGUGUACACAGACUCAAGUGCUUUCCUAAAAGGAACACAGAGUGCCAAUCCACACAACGACUAUUGUCAGCACUUUGUGGACACAGGAGAGAGACCACAGAACUUCAUAAGGGACGUUGGUCUUGCUAACAGAUUUGAAGAAUAUCCAAAAUUACGGGAGUUGAUCAAGUUGAAGGAUGAACUGAUUUCACAGACCAGCAUCCCCCCAACGUACAUGAAGUGUGAUUUGGAGGCGUUUGAGCUCCACGAACUCGGGUGCCAGUUUGACGCGAUACUCCUGGAGCCACCCCUGGAGGAGUACCAGCGAGCGCACGGGGCCGUCUUUGAAAAGUACUGGGACUGGGAUGAGAUUGAGAAACUUGACAUCCCCAGUGUGGCAGCUCAGAGGUCCUUCAUCUGGAUCUGGUGUGGAAAUGCAGAGGGGCUGGAGCGGGGAAGACUGUGUCUGAAGCAAUGGGGCUAUAGAAGGUGUGAGGACAUCUGCUGGAUCAAGACCAACAUCAAGAGACCCGGGCACAACAAGAACCUGGAGCCAGGGGCUGUCCACCAGAGAACAAAGGAGCACUGCCUCAUGGGCAUAAAAGGCACCGUAAAGCGAAGCACAGACGGUGACUUCAUCCAUGCUAAUGUUGACAUAGACCUUAUUAUCGAGGAGGAGCCACCAUACGGCUGCAAGGACAAACCCGUGGAAAUCUUUCACAUGAUAGAGCAUUUCUGUCUUGGGACGUCGCAGUGCCACAUUUUUGCUAGGGGACAGCACAAUAAGGCCGGCUGGCUCAGCAUAGGGUCAGAGUUAACGAGCAGUAAUUACGAGAAGGAAAUCUACAUGAGCUACUUCAAGGGAGAUCAGAGCCUUACCACUGGAUGUACGGAAGAUGAAAGACUGCGUCCGAAAUCGCCUGUGAACAAGAAUAAGCCCCAGGGGAUGGCCAAUGCCCCUAGGGGAGGGCGCGGGGGCCCCCAGCGGGGUGGAAUGCAGGGCGGGGCGCCAGGCAGGGGUGGGCGGGGCAUGGGCAUGAUGAACAGGGAGGCCCGGGGAGGGGAAUGCGGGGACGGGGUCCCAAACGAAGGAGGAAAUUUUCGAUAA